AUGGCUCUGCAGGAUGUGUGCAAGUGGCAGGCUCCCGAAGUCCAGGGACUAUCACCUCGCCUGUCUCUGGCUGGCGGCUGGGUUGUGCCCCGGGGCUGUGACCCUCAAAGCUUCUUGCGGACCCACGGCCCCAGGCUGGCCCACGGCACCACCACCCUGGCCUUCCGCUUCCGUCAUGGAGUCAUUGCCGCAGCCGACACCCGUUCCUCCUGCAGCAACUACGUGGCAUGUCCAGCCUCACUCAAGGUCAUCCCUGUUCACCAGCACCUCCUGGGCACCACCUCUGGCACCUCCGCUGACUGUGUCACGUGGUACCGGGUGCUACAGAGGGAGCUGCGCCUGCGGGCACUGAGGGAGGGCCAGCUGCCCAGUGUGGCGGGUGCCGCCAAACUCUUGUCAACCAUGAUGUCCCGAUACCGGGGACUGGAUCUGUGUGUGGCCACUGCUCUCUGUGGCUGGGACCGCUCCGGGCCUGCCCUCUUCUACGUCUACAGUGACGGCACCCGCCUGCAGGGGGACAUCUUUUCGGUGGGUUCUGGGUCUCCCUAUGCCUAUGGCGUGCUAGACCGUGGCUACCGCUACGACAUGACCACUCAGGAAGCCUACGCCCUGGCUCGCUGCGCCGUGGCCCACGCCACCCACCGCGACGCCUACUCUGGGGGUUCUGUCGACCUUUUUCACGUGCGAGAGACUGGGUGGGAGUAUGUGUCACGCAAUGAUGCCUGGGUGCUGUACUCGGAGCUGCAGAGACUCCCGGAGCCUGAGAAGCAAGAGGAGAAGGCAGCCGGCCAGGCCCAUCCUGAACCUGCACCCCCCCCCAGAGCUGGUGAUGGGGGACAGCUCUCUGCGGGACUCGCACCAGGAGACUCCGGGCUCCCUGCAGAGACUGAGACUCUGUAA